CCGGAGCCGCUGCCGUCCCAGAAGUCUCCGGGAAGCGGCUGCGCUGCGUGGGCGAAUCUUUGCUCCUGGGAAGAUGGCGGCGGCAGAGCCGGGGCAUUAGGGCGAGUGCAGGCUGCGGCCACCCGCUCGGCUGGGCGCACAGGCCGGCCCGGAGCUGGUGACUGUCCUCCGUGUGUGACCUUGGCAGGUGGGCACAAUGGACCUGGCUUACAUCUGCGAGUGGGAGAAAUGGCCCAAGAGCACCCACUGCCCGUCGGUGCCCCUGGCCUGCACCUGGUCCUGCCGUAACCUCAUCGCCUUCACCACGGACCUGCGGAGUGAUGACCAGGACCUGACCCGCAUGAUCCACAUCCUGGACACCGAGCACCCCUGGGAUGUGCACUCCAUCCGCUCGGAGCACAGCGAAGCCAUCACCUGCCUCGAGUGGGACCAGUCAGGCUCGAGGCUGCUGUCGGCUGAUGCCGAUGGGCAAAUCAAGUGCUGGAGCAUGGCCGACCACCUGGCCAACAGCUGGGAGAGCCCCGUGGGCAGCCUGGUGGAGGGGGACCCCAUCGUGGCCUUGUCGUGGCUGCACAACGGUGUGAAGCUGGCCCUGCACGUGGAAAAGUCGGGCGCCUCCAGCUUUGGCGAGAAGUUCUCCCGAGUCAAGUUCUCACCAUCGCUCACGCUGUUUGGGGGCAAGCCCAUGGAGGGCUGGAUUGCAGUGACGGUCAGCGGCCUGGUCACCGUGUCCCUGCUCAAGCCCAGCGGGCAAGUGCUGACCUCGACGGAGAGCCUGUGCCGGCUGCGUGGCCGUGUGGCCCUGGCCGACAUCGCCUUCACGGGCGGCGGCAACAUCGUGGUGGCCACGGCAGACGGCAGCAGCGCAUCCCCAGUGCAGUUCUACAAGGUGUGCGUGAGCGUCGUCAAUGAGAAGUGCCGCAUCGACACCGAGAUCCUGCCCUCGCUCUUCAUGCGCUGCACCACCGACCUCAACCGCCGGGACCGGCUCCCCGCCAUCACCCACCUCAAGUUUCUGGCCCGAGACAUGUCAGAGCAGGUGUUGCUGUGUGCGUCCAGCCAGACCAGCAGCGUGGUGGAGUGCUGGUCUCUGCGCAAGGAGGGGCUCCCUGUGAACAACAUCUUCCAGCAGCUCUCGCCCGCCGUUGGAGACAAACAGCCCACAAUUCUCAAAUGGCGGAUCCUGUCAGCCACCAACGACCUGGACCGUGUGUCUGCCGUGGCGCUGCCCAAGCUCCCCAUCUCGCUCACCAACACUGACCUGAAGGUGGCCAGCGACACCCAGUUCUACCCCGGCCUCGGGCUGGCCCUGGCCUUCCAUGACGGCAGCGUCCACAUCGUGCACCGGCUCUCGCUGCAGACCAUGGCCAUCUUCUAUAGCUCCGCAGCCCCGCGCUCCGUGGACGAGCCGGCUAUCAAGCGCCCUCGGACCACAGGCCCCGCCGUCCACUUCAAGGCCAUGCAGCUCUCCUGGACUUCCCUGGCCCUCGUGGGCAUCGACAACCACGGCAGGCUGAGCAUGUUGCGCAUCUCGCCCUCCAUGGGCCACUCGCUGGACGCGGGGCUGGCCCUGCGGCACCUGCUCUUCCUGCUGGAGUACUGCAUGGUGACCGGCUACGACUGGUGGGACAUCCUGCUGCACGUGCAGCCCAACAUGGUGCAGAGCCUGGUGGAGAAGCUGCAUGAGGAGUACACGCGCCAGAAGGCCGAGCUGCAGCAGGUCCUCUCUACCCGGAUCCUGGCCAUGAAGGCCUCGCUCUGCAAGCUGUCGCCCUGCGCAGUGACCCGCGUGUGCGAGUACCAUGCCAAGCUCUUCCUCAUCGCCGCCAGCUCCACGCUCAAGUCGCUGCUGCGCCCGCACGUGCUCAACACGCCCGACAAGAGUCCCGGCGACCGGCUGACGGAGAUCUGCGCCAAGAUCACGGACGUUGACAUUGACAAGGUCAUGAUCAACCUCAAGACGGAGGAGUUCGUCCUGGACAUGAACACGCUCCAGGCGCUGCAGCAGCUCCUGCAGUGGGUGGGCGACUUCGUGCUCUACCUGCUGGCUAGUCUGCCCAACCAGGGCUCCCCGCUGCGGCCCGGCCACAGCUUCCUGCGGGAUGGCAUGUCGCUGGGCCUGCUGCGGGAGCUGAUGGUCGUCAUCCGCAUCUGGGGCCUGCUGAAGCCCGGCUGCCUGCCUGUGUACACGGCCACCUCUGACACCCAGGACAGCAUGUCCCUGCUCUUCCGCCUGCUCACCAAGCUCUGGAUCUGCUGCCGCGAUGAGGGCCCCACGAGCGAGCCGGAUGAGGCGCUCGUUGACGAGUGCUGCCUGCUGCCCAGCCAGCUGCUCAUCCCCAGCCUGGACUGGCUGCCCGUCAGCGACGGCCUCGUCAGCCGCCUGCAGCCCAAGCAGCCGCUGCGUCUGCACUUCGGCAAGCCUCCCGCUCUGCCCGGCAGUGCCACCAGCUUGCAGCUGGACGGCCUCAUCAGAAAAAACUUUACAAGGAGAGGUGGCUGGUCGCACAAGGGGUUUCACACUCUCAGAAGUUUUCAAACGUGUGAUACGAGCAUAACGGGCCGCCCCGCCCCAGCCCCAGGUCCUCUCUGACGGGCUCUGGGUGCCAGGCUCUCAGACGUCGCGGCGGUUCUGGGCCGCCACCCCGACCCCGGCCGGGGGUCUGUGGGCGGAGGGCGUAUAGAAGCCCCGCUUGCGGACUCUCCCUGUUCCCUGGCGAGCGUGCGUCAUGCACGCUUUGCCUUUAAGAGAGGGACCUGUGCUGGCCUGUGCGUGCGUGUGCGUGCGUGCGUGCGCAUGCGUGCGUGUACGCCCCCGAGCCACUCCCAUG